AUGGAUGAGACGAGACGCGGGACGUGGAACUCGACAGAGGCGAGCGAGAGCUACGAUUGGACGUUCACCACGCCGUACGGAGGAACGGUCGCGUCGACGAGCGGACGAGCGGUCCCGGAAUGGCGAGAGACGGAGAAACGGAUCGAUCGAACGAUGCUCACGGCGAGGGAUCCGAUUUUAUUAUACGACGAGCUCACGUUGUACGAGUCCGAGCUCGACGACAACGGCGUCGCCCACCUCGGUCUCAAGGUGCGCGUCAUGCCCAAGUGCUGGUUCGUCUUGCUCAGAUAUUGGCUUCGCGUCGACGGCGUCCUGAUUCGUCUCCGGGAGACGCGUUUCUUUUGCGACGUGACCGACACGGACGCCUCGGGCGCCCCGCGCGUCGUCAGAGAGACGCAACAUCGCGAGGAAACGUGGGAGAGCCUCCGCGCGCGCGGGGCCCCGUGCGAGCCGAAACAAUUCCCCGACGCCGACCAAGCCGCGAGCGUGCUCCUCGCCGCGGGCGGUCCCGUGGACGUCGUCUUCCACGAGCUCGCGUUCCCGCCCGCCGCGUGA